UGUCAAUCAUUCCUGAGGGGCGUAUCCAAACAGGAGUUUGUGGCUGAGGGAGUCUACUGUACCGAGAGGACAAAAAUCUGCUAACAGGACAAUGUCUGCAGUGCCUGAUGGGAAGAAACUCGUCCGGAGCCCCAGCGGUCUUCGCAUGGUGCCGGAAAACGGCGCCUUUAACAGCCCCUUCUCCCUGGAUGAACCUCAGUGGGUCCCGGAUAAAGAGUGCCCGAGAUGUAUGCAGUGUGACACCAAGUUCGACUUCAUCAGAAGAAAGCACCACUGCCGGCGCUGCGGCCGCUGUUUCUGUGACAAGUGCUGCAGUAAGAAGGUCCCGCUGCCCCGCAUGUGUUUCGUGGAUCCGGUGCGGCAGUGCGCCGAGUGCGGCCUGGCCUCCCAGAAAGAGAUGGAGUUCUACGACAAGCAGCUCCGAGUGCUUCUGGGAGGUGGCACCUUCGUCGUCACUUUGGGAACGUCGGAGAAGUCUGAAACCAUGACGUGUCGCCUCUCCAACAACCACAGGUAUAUGUUCCUGGACGGCGAGAGUCACUUCGAGGUGGAGUUGUCUCGGAUCUCCAGCAUGCAGAUUUUGACAGACGGGUCGAGUCCAGGAGAGAAUGACAUUCACACUUACACCAGUCUAAUGGACAGUCAGUAUAUCUCUGAAGGAGGGAUGUCGCGGGCCAGCGGCAUGCUGCUCCACUACAAGCCAAUGGGCUGCCAGGACGGCCAGCAGCUACGCAUGGAGGCAGCAGACGACAAGAAGGCGGCCUCCUUAUGGUUGGCUGCGAUGCACAAGGCGGCCAAACUGCUGUAUGAAGCUCGGGACCAGUGACGUGCCAGCGGCCUGCAGUCCUGAACCUCCAGGCAGCACACACCCAAGUGUUUUGGUACCCGGUGUCACCGGGGUUUGGUAUCGUUUGGAUUUUAAUUAACGCCAGUUCAGAUUCUGCUUUUCCGUCUGAGUCCUCAUCGGUUCUUGGUACCAGUUCUUAUCAUGGUAAUUUCUAUAAAAAGAGAACUCUUUAUUACCUCUAUAACCAGUACAUCAUGUUAACCGCAAAUAGGCUGCUUGUUCUUCUCGUUUUCUCUUUGCAUUCUCAACCUUUCUGAGUUGUUUAAUCCUCUUUGAUUUAAUACAUAAAUCAGGGCGAGCAGCAUUAAUGCUUCUGCAGAAAUAUGGAACAAACGCAGGAAAAGAAGCUUCCCGAAACAAGCUAGGAUCUGUUGGUUUUGGGAGGCUUCUGCUUUUAUUUCCUGUUCUUCUUCUCAGAGUGGAAGAGCUGGACGAUGUUUUUGUCUUUGCUACUUACAGUGGGACCUUACCUUUUUAUAAAAUAUACAUACAUAAUAUAAUCAUUUUGUACAACUUCAGAGAUGCAGUAAAACGGUCGUUUCAUAACUUUAUAUGCUGCAUUUAGAUGUUUUUUCUUUGUGUCAUCUGGGAUUUAAUUUCCCGGAAGCAGUAAUGAGACACUUUACAGAUCCCUGUAGGGAUAGUUCUAAUUUUAAUUAAAAUACAGCUGACACGGAGGUCAGCUACACAGCGCCAAGUAGGGACUGAAUGUCUUUGCUCGAGGGACCUUCAGCAGGAUUUCGACUAAGAUCUUCCAGAUAAAGUCGUGUCUUGGGCAGAUUAAAGGACAGCGCCGCCUUUAAAUCCCUUUAACGCAGAUAGAAAAGCAGCCUUGUGUGAUGGGUUUUGCAAUUAUUGCAUUGCAGUUGUUGGUAACUCCAUCGACAACAAAGAAGUUUGUUGCAGAUGUGAAAGGCCUUCUGGGAAAUGUA